AUGGAAAGAGGAUCAGAUCGCCUAGCUCUAAUCACAGGCCAAUUACAAAAUAUUGACCCUUCCUCGCCAUCGUUUUCUUCCUCAUCAUCAACUUCUCACCAACGUACAUACAGUGAAUCUUUCAUGCCACAACCUCAAUCUGAGCACCGUCAGAUUCAAGAAAGCCCAUCUCUUAAGUAUCAAUUCAAAGAGGUAGUAAUGCCAAAAGAAGAACCAAAACUCUCAACCACUAUUCACAAACCCAUUGAAAGUGAACUAACAAAACCAGAAGAAAUAAGAUCAGUAAAGAGUCAAAGUCAACGACCUAUAACUUUCUUCAGCUCCAAGAAACUCAAUGCUAGCAUCAUAAGCUCAGAAAGAAGUCGGAGUAUAAGCUCCCUCACAAUAGCUGCGUUCGUGAUUUUACUCCCGAAGUUAAACAUUUUAAGAUCAGACACUAUCUUAGCUUUGAGACCGCUUUGGUUGCUUCUGCUUACAAAUUGUGCUAUAGUAAUGUCUCAUCUCACCGUGGAAGCCUCUGGAGGAGGAUUGAGUAAUGAAAUGGAAGAAGAAGUUAAAAGUAAAGAUGGUAGUAGUGGUGAAAAUUGGUCUGAUGCAGAGAAGCUUCUUGAAAGAGGAGUUGUUGUGUAUCAAGCUCUACGUGGAAUGUUCAUCGAUUGUAGUCUUUAUAUGGUGGUUGUUAUUUGUGGAGCCUUUCUACUUUGA